UCGUCAUGUUAACACGCAUUUCGUCUAAUAUCUCUCGUGAAAAGUUUUAAUUCGUUGAAAAGAUUUUGUUCUCUCAAUUUAACAUUUAACAUUAACAUAAUUAAAUAGAUUUUAUUAAUUAUUGGAUGGAUCUUCGUCGACAACAAUCUAAACACGGUGGAUCUUGAAAAGUUACAAUUUUGUAUAAAAUCAAGGUAACAAUUGAACGAAAGACAUUACCAUUUUCUUGUUGAAUAAUUCGAUAAGAAAGUUUGCCAAGAAGAAACGGGUGACAUCGAGAGGAAGAAUGAUCUACAGAAGCUAGAUGUGGUGCAGCCGGUGUGCGGAAUUUUAAUAUAAGAAGAAAAGCGGGAGAGAGAGACAGAGAGAGAGAGAGAGAGAGAAAGUGUUCGUGAAAGAUAGAGAGAGAAAGAGAGAGAAGAGAGAGAGAAUGACGCCUCUGGCCUGGUGGGUGUUGCUGGUGAUGUUCUUCGGCCACGCCAGGAUCGUCCCGGCAAGGACUUAUAUUUUCAAUAACGCAUGCGUAGUUUUAUGCCGCGCGGAGAACCUCUCGGUGAACGAGGACGAGGUCCACGUUACUUCUCAGUUAGUCGAGGAAGGCCGUCGUGGCCGUGAAGUGGACGACCUCUUAAACAGGCUUUGUCUUGCAUCAGUUGAGAGAAGACAUUAUUGUCGUAAUCUUUUUCAAUAUCUUCGAGAUCGAGAACGAUGCGAUUGCCGAAAGAUUUAUCCUUCUUUGUCGUUGAACAAUCGAAAGGAAGAGAAUAUAGAUCGGUUACGAAUUUCAACCAAACUUUCCGACAAAUUUCAACAAACACAACAACAACAACAACAACAAAAACAACGACAACAAAUACAAAAACAAGAAGGACGAAGACAAGAAGUACAGCGACUGAUGAUGAAGAAGAUGAGGAUGAUGAUGGACGGAAGAGAUAUAAUCAAGGACGAAAAUUUCGUUCCCCGUUUCAUGGACGUUAAUAAUAAUCAACAAGCAAGCAGUGCACCUAAUCCUCCAAAAUCAGACGAGAUCGACUGGGAUAUGUGGUGCAUGGCUCAGUGCAACAUCGGCCACGGAGGAAGUGCCUGCAAUUGUGACAUCAUUCCUUGAAAUUGUUGUUUUCUUCUUACUUUUUUUUUCUUCCUCUUCUUUUCCCUGUCCUUUGUUUCCUUUUUUCCUUCUUUUCCUUUCGUAGAAGAAGCAACGCUGACAACGACGACGACGAUGUAUACUUAUUUGUUUUUCUUUGUUUUUUUAUUUUUUUUAUUUUUUUUUUUUUUGUUUUUUUUCUCUAUUAUUUUCGAUAAAUGACAGCUAGAGAACACGGCAAGUUUCUAUUUUGCCUAAUCGAGAGCCAGACGAAUUUACAUAUCUCCUAGAUAAUAUAUAUAUAGGCGUGUCUAGGUCAGUCAUGUUCGAUCAUACGUGACCCCAUUAGAAUAUUAAUUGAGAACAUUGUUCUUCUAUAUAUAUUCAUAUAUAUAUAUAUAUAUAUAUAUAUAUAUAUAUAUAUAUAUACUGUAUGUAGGUUUAUUAAUUAAUUAAUUAUAAUUGAACAAUUGAUGUAUAACUUUUUAAAGAUACACAAAUAGUUUCUUCUUUUUUCUCUCCUUUAAAAUAUCUUGUCUUGUUUUAUUUUUUCUUUUUCUUUUCCUUUUCAUUUUUUUUUUGGUUUUUUCUCUCUCUCUCUCUCUUUCUCUUUUUCGAUAUAAGAAUGAAUGUUCGAAUUGUACAAUAUAUUUCGAAGAUCGUCGUUCAUACAUACAUCAUUCAUUCUAUCAUUCGAGCUUUUAUUAAUAUAUAUAUAUAUAUAUAUAUAUAUAUAUAUAUUUAAAAUAAGAUAGAAAAUUUUCGAUAUAUAUAUAUAGUAACUUGAAUUUUAUAAGUAUCUAAAGUGGUGGUGUAAAAAAGAUUUUUACUUAAAAUUUACAUCCAUAUAUCGCUUAUUAUUUAAUCGCACUUUAGAUCGAUAAGAAUGUUAAGAUCGCUGGGUCGAGUUCACACGAUGAAAAAAUGUAAAAAA